AUGUUUCAUCCUCUGAGUGCCAGCGCCCUCCAGGUAGCGUUUUGCGUAUCAGGGCGGCUGAGGUUCGUAAACCUCACGAGCCCGGAGCAGGCCCAGCGCAUCUUCGCCGAGCUCGGGGGCGCCGGCUGGGGUGAGCACGGCCAGGGACACGCCGUUGUGGGCUGGAGCCUGACCCAGGGCCUGGAACUGCACGUCGAGCGCUACCGCAACAGCCCGGUUAUGCACGAGGGCAUGACGAGUGCAAGCCAAUCGUGCUGGAGGGCGGCGUGCGGGCGAGCUUCCCGUUGCCGACCAAGAAGGUGCAGCGCCUCCGGCGCCUGCGCACCCGCUGCGGGUCGCGGGGGCGCGCCGUGUCAUCCUCCGGGCUGGACGCGAUGUUUGGCACGGAGGCGCGCCAGGAAGAAGGCUGCGCCCGUCGCGCCGGCGGGACCUUGCGUGCUGCUCCCGGGGCUCAUCAGCGCGCCGAGCGACGAUAGCGAGGGGACGACGGCCGCCAUCCUGGCCAGCCCCCUCCUCGCCGGCCUGACUGGGGCGAUGGGCGAGUGCUCCGCCAGAGCCACGGAGCCGCCGGGCAAGAGGACCGCCUGGGCGGACCUGUGGGACGACGACCUCGUCGACGACGGGUGCAGCGAGUGUUCCACGCAGGCAGCGGGCUACUUCAGCGGCACCCUCUCGUCGGCGUCUGACGUGUCCAGCGUGUCCUCGGAUGGCCUGGCCGCCAGGCGGCGCGGGCGUGGGGGUUCGAUGCUCGCGCAGGGGCUGACCGCUUCGCUGCAGGAGUAG